AUGCCCUCAUCGAACUCGCCAUAUGUUGGGUCUGUGGCGAGAUCGUGUACCGCGGGAGCGAGUGUUCGAUCGGUGGUAUACGGCACCAAAGUCGAGGACGUGUUUGCUCAUGGUGAAGAUACGGGCGAGGGCCAAGAAGACCACGACGAUGAUAUGAGAAUAAGAGCCAAGGAGAUCCUUGAGAUCCCCAUGUGUGCCAAUUGCGUUGUUGAAGUUGAGCUCGACUCGUUGGAUCAGAAGACGGUUGUUCAAAAGGCGCUCCGGAGGGUGGAUAAGUCGGAUGGGGGCAUGAGUCGGAACCGGUGGGAGAAACGGGAAGGCAUUGUUACUCGCAGCGCCAUGGGGCACAUCAAAAGGGUGCCGAGCAAGAUGUCGAGGGUGCCAGAAGAAGCAGCAGCCCUUUCUCACACACGGCCUCGAUCUUCACGGAUGGCUGGUGACGGUACAGUAAGUGGCUCAGGGGAAUCUGGUGAUGAUGGGGGCGAGUGCAUUGUUCCCUUGGAUUCGGUCAUUUAUGCCUCUAUGCUUGACCCCCUAGGACUCUCUGCUUUCAAGCCCAGUCCGACGAAGCCGAUUCCGCGUUGGAUGCAGAUGCUACCGAACCAGCGGCGUCCUCCGGCCCAAACAGAGCGCCGACCUCGCUCUAUUCUCGACGAACACUUCCGAGAUGUGUCAUCUGCUUCCGCGAAGGACUCGCAAGCCUCGGACUUAAACACGGUCUGCCCCACAAGUCCCGAGCCCGAGGCGAGACGGCCCCUGACACCUACACGCUCAUCACCGCGCCGCUCGCGGACCGAAGGGUCCGUCAGCUCCCACCACUCGGAAUAUGAUGAGUUACCUCAGAUUUCGAUCACUGUACCCCGCGGCCGCACCAUCUCAUUCGUUACCAACGAGCCACUCAAGAGGCCCUCGUCUCGUGUGUUGAACCAGGGCUCAUCCGAAGAGCAAAGCGACAAGUCCAGCCGACCAUCUUCACCGCGGUUACACAGCAGGUCAUCAUCGCCGCUUCCCGAGCAGGUCAUCUCGCACCUGCAGCGCAUUGUGCGGCGCACGCCACCGCCGCAGUCCAAGGAGUACCUCAAUCUGUACAAGCCAACACAGGGGACGGGCCAGUCAAGCUCAAAUCUUAGCAUGGCUAUGCCGGGAAGGAAAAGGGGUCGACAUGUGGACCCAAUGGAAAUCCCCCAUGUUGCCGAUUUGCUCAGGCGCAACAGCAGGUCUUCAGUAAGCUCGCCACAUUUGAGUGAUGACCAAGCUACUGCGUCGCCGAACAAGGGUCAAAGGGAUGAGUCAACGGGCAGUAGGAGGAAGGUUGUGCAGGCAGAGCUGAAAAGGCUGUUUCGAGGGGGUGCCGCGAGCUGA